AUGGAGCAACAGCCCAGUCUCGGCCCCGCGCCGACUGUGUCCGCGGGUUCCGACGACCCUACACGCCGAGCUGAGCUGACGAUAUGGCAUGAUGUGCCGCCCGCCAAUAGUGAAAAGAAGAUUGACCAAAUCGAGCUCAGGCUCGCCAACAUCGAGACCCUGCUGAGGGAUCUCUCCGUCCGCCACAGCUCCUCCACCCCCGACAGCGGCCUCCGCUUCCAGACUCCCCAGUCCGGCCAUACCACCGGAAUCCACACCGUCGCCGCCUCCACCAUUGUCGGCGAUGAUAGCUCGGACAGUGAGUCGGCCUUUGGUGGUGACUCGACCCUUGCCGCCCACACCACCUUCGCCAGCGAGUUUCUCGAGCACGCUGUUGAGCGUACCUCGUUGCAGGAUGUCGACCCAUACAUGCGAGAGGGUCUGGCCAACCUCAGGCAACUCGUCGAGUUGCAGAACCGGCAGUCCAUCAGUCAUGGUCCUCGUUUCCCCCUACAACAGCCAAUGCCCGCAGGCGGACUGGCUCAGCUUCGGAUGCCUCCCAUGGAUAUCGUCGUGACCCUUCUCAAGAGCAUACGAGCUGCACCUCCUGGUCUCUUCACUUUCAUUUGUUACUUCGUCGGAGUCGCAGACUUUUCUAGCCUGUGUCGGAUGGUCUAUUUCCCCACUGAAGACUUCGCUGAUUCAACUUUCGUCAUCGUCAAUGCCGGGCUCUACUAUAUGUUCCUAGAGCAGCACUCCUUCGCUCCCGAUAAGGCAACCAAGGAAGAAUAUGAGCCCUACAUCCAGAUAUGUCGAGUCAAUCUCGAGACUGCGCUCGCCAACAUGUCUCUAUUCAUGUCCAAUAAGGUCGAAACCGUGCAAGCUCUUCUCUUGGGGACCAUGUAUGCAAUUGACGUAUCCCGACCGUCAGUGGCCUGGCAUCUAAAUAGUGCAGCCGCACAAAUCUGUCAGACGGCCGGGUUCCACCGCAAGAGCGCUUGCAAGUCAGACCCAGAGCAAUACAAGGUCAAAUCAGGCUUAUUCUGGUACAUAUAUACCACUGAUAAGGCGCUCGCCCUGCGACUGGGGCGCGCACCUAUGAUCCAGGACUGGGACAUCGACAUCCCCCGGGGUUUUGUAUUUGACGGCAUGAUGGGCGAUGAAACAUCGGGCAUCGCCCUCAUGUGGCUCAAGACAGCAAUCGUUCAGGGCGACAUUUAUGUGCAACUUUAUAGUCCAGAUGCGUUAGCACGACCACAAGCCGAACUCGCCGAACGAGCUCGAGUGCUAGCGGCCCAGUGUCGCCAGUUAGAGGCAGAGGCGUCUGAAGUUCGGAAAAUCGCAGUUGCCUCCCUCGAGAGGGUAAAAGCAUCCCGUCUUGUUGAUAUCCAUGUCAAAGGCGACGAAGUACAGUUGCUAUCGACAAUGACACUCGUAUAUCGAGCCAUCCCCGCCCCAGAAGGUUCCUUGAGCAGAUUCUGCGACGAGUGCGUUGAAAUAGCGCGCCGGGCGACGCAAAAACACCUGGACUGCAUGGAGCUAGUUCGGCGCGAGGCCUAUGCAAAAGCCAUCUAUGUCCAUUGGAACUUGCUGUUGACACCCUUCAGCCCCUUCUUCGUUUUGUUUUGCUAUGUCAUCGAAACAUCGUCACUAGAAGACCUCCAGCUUCUCCAGGACUUCACCAAAUCGCUCGAAGUAGCGGCCGACUUGUCUGAGGUAAUGAAAAAGCUGUGGCGCCUAUGCCACGUAAUGACCAACGUUGCCACGCUAUAUGUGCAGGCAAAAUCGCAUCAACAGGAGGACCAGACAAUGAUCCCAAUCGGUGAUGAAUUUGACCUGUACCUCAGCCAGCUAGGAUUCAUGCCAACAGAAGAUCAGACGCCGAUGGACCCUUUGAACCAAGCCAGCGGAGCGGCAGCCGGGAGCUCACAGGUGUCUCAAAUGGCAGAAUGGUUCUCUGGAAGUCGAAACUUGCUCGGAUUGCUGGAACAAGACAUAUCGCAAAUAGGUGGCCCCCAGUGGCCACAGCCUGGGUCGAUGUAG